CUUGUUUCAGGCUUCAGCCCUACUACUAACAUGUACCUCCUAACUGUUACGCCAUUAAGCCCCCUAACUUCGAAACGGUCAACUGCCUUUAAUCUUCCACUCUACAACCGCAAUGUGGGAAGCUGCUAUUGUUCCAGUCUCACCAUUUGCGCAACAAUAUUUUAUCAAAUAUCGUUAAUAGCUUUAUACCUUGCCUAUAAAUGAAACGUCACUGUCCUAAGCCUCCAACCUAGGCGGUCUCCUCCUAUCAACGGGCCUCAUGAAUGAAUCAGGGACCCUUAAUCGGAGCCGAUUGCCGCCAAAUAAUUCCGAAAAUAACGACAAUGCCUCCUACAAUGCCGCCUUGAAAGGCGCCUCUCUCGCCUUCCAGAAAUCCAUGCCGAAAUCUACACCCAAACAAUUACCUACAAACACGACCUCUUCUCGAAACCUCGACAAUGGUGCGCUUAUCGCAGCAACCUCGGCAGCCUCAGCUUCGCGAGAUCAUUCGCAAGCAGUCAGCCGACAAAACACGGGUAGCAACAGCAUUGGAAACGAACAACAUAUAAAGAAUCAACCUUCGGUUCAACACCUACAAUCAACCUUGAAUCGCAAUCAUGGUGCUUCCUCUUCCUUGGGGAUUGCGACCAAACAUGCCGUGCCAGAUCCUCGUUCUCCAUCUUUCAUAGCUGCCACCCUAGCCGCCAGCAGGUCUACUAGUCCUACCCAUCAUCAGACAGCUCAAUCGCAUCCAUACGCCCAGCAGUUGGUUAGAAAACAACCGAAACAUAACCCCGAUGCCGACAGCGGUGCCAGUUCAGUGACGAGCCUUGACUUAACGACGGAUAUGACAUCAAUCCCUUCUACCAACACCCUCAUAUCGAUAUUCGAAAAGAAAAGAGAUGAUACAGAUCCCGUCAAGAAAGACACAGAAGUACCGGAUACCUCAAAGUUACUUGGAACGAAGCCUCCAAUUCGACCUUUAACGCCUCCAAGGGCUACGAGCUCUGCAUCUACGAGUGACCUAUCCCCAUCAAUAUUAGCCAGUAACAUAGCUUGGCAAAGAACGCCAUCUCCUUCAGCUUCAAUAACAAAUUUGGUUCAGGAUGGACGUCGCAAGACUCAAGACUUAGCUGUUGAAGUAAAGGCACGCCCCCCUACUCCUCCACCAGCAAGGACGAAGAACAAACCGCAUGCGUCUUUGCAACCUAGGACUCUAGAGUCUACCGGUAAACCGCGCGCUUCUACGCCACCAAAACCUAUUAGGCAGGCGGAUACCGUGAUCUUAUCCCCUCGGCCAACACGGUCUACAUCCCAGAAGGUUAUAUUGAAUGAUAUACAAGCGCCAGACGCAGUGCCGCCAGAACAAGCAUCUAGACCAAGAUCGCAAUACCCACCUCCCUCAAAUGAAGCCACGGUACCACCCCUUCAAGAAGAUGACCUUCGUCGAAGUUCAACUUCAUCUAAUGAUACCUUCGUCUCUGCUUCAUCAGUCCCAACGCCCCACCCCAGCUCCCCAGAGAGAAGCAGAUCUCGGCCAUCAACCCCUAACACAGUACGACUAAGGCGGCCUCUAACAACCCGGACUAUAUUUACAGAGGCCACCUCUACCAGUCGUCCACCAAUUCCCCCUCGACAGCAGUCGCACGCGAGUUCUCCAAACUUACCCCUGGAGUCUCUCACAGACGCCAUUGUGGCCGGUUCUCUCGCGUCGUCUCGCAUAACGCUAUCAAAGACGCCGCCACCAAAACCACCAUCCCGCAAGCAGACACCGCAUAUGCGCCAGACGCUACGUCAUCCCCCAAGUAAGUCGGAUGACGAAGAGGUCGCUCGUUCACGGCGCCACAAGCCCCUCGGUAAGCUGGGCGGCAACAAGCACAUACACCAGGAAGGCCAGCGCCGCCGCUGGCGCGAGGAGAUCACGCCCCGAGAGCGCAAGCGGUACGAAGGCGUAUGGGCGAGUAACCGCGGCCUGCUUCUAGUGCCAUCUGACGGGGAUACCCUAUCCGUCCCCACCUCUGCUUCCAACGGUAAAGAAAGAGAGCUGGACCAAGUCGUAGCCAACGUGGUGGUGCGCGAUAUCUGGGCGCGCAGCCGGCUGCCGCCGGACGAGCUGGCCGAGGUGUGGGACUUGGUGGACAGACGCGGGCGCGGAUAUCUAGACCGGACGGAAUUCGUCGUCGGGAUGUGGCUUAUCGACCAGAGGCUCCGCGGGCGAAAGAUCCCGCGGAAGGUAUCGGAAAGCGUGUGGGGGAGCGCAAGGGGCGUGAGGGUUGCUACGCCGAAGGGGAGGAAGUAAGGUGCGGUAAGGUUUUGCUUAUGUCUACACAGUAUGCUUGCUAAGGCCAGCCUGCUUUUUACUAGAAGUUUCGAAGACCGCGUUUGUCGGCUCGAUGGGUAGGUAGGUGCCUAUCUCUAAUAGAUUAGGAGGUAGAUAAUAGGAAGGGACACGGGAAGGUAGAGUCGCCGUGUUAUAGACUUCAGACUGGACGUUGGAUGAGAAGAGAGAGUACCGAUGGGAUAAGAGGGAGAGAGAGAGGAUUGAUACCCCCGUAUAGGUUAGAUUAGAAUAUUUGUUGGUACUGGUUGCCUGGCCUACGACAUUUACAUUAAUACUUUAUUCUUGGUUGUUAACGAUGUCUAGAAAAGCUGUCUGAUACUAUUUUGAUGGUUCUAUUAACUUGAAGCCGUGUUGGUUUUUGCCUGCCUGUUUUAUCCACCACAUGAAAAGAAUACAAUUACUUGAGAUCGCGUGUUUGCAUAUCUGUUUCAUCGUAUAAUAAGUAGAUAGGCUGUCGUCACGAUAAAUGCAACGAUAGAAGGUGUAACCCAUAGCAAAUGGAAUUUCAUG